CCCGCCUCUUCCUCCUCCCGGGAAUUGCCAGUACUUAACGUGGCGUUCCCGCCCUCUGCCCUUACUUUGCGUGUGUUCCUACGUGCGGCGGAGGUGGUUGCGCGGGCCGGUCAGAGCGCCGCGCUGCUGUUUCUGGUGCUUCUUCUUUUGCUGUAGCUGUCCCGCUCCAAGCCGCCGAGCCUUCGGCCGCAGCACUUCGGAACCGAACUCACCUUGGCGCGGGGUUGGUGAGGGGCGUGGGCGAGUGCGUGGCGGAGAGCGCCGCGCGGAGCGGCGGGCGGACGCCCGUGAAGGAAGGAGGCGGGGGCGGCGGGUCAGCCGCGGGCCGGGCCGGCCGGGGGAUGUCGAUGCCUGACGCGAUGCCGCUGCUCGGGGUCGGAGAGGAGCUGAAGCAGGCCAAGGAGAUCCAGGACGCCGAGAAGUACUCCUUCCUGGCCACCGUCACCAAGGCGCCCAAGAAACAAAUCCAGUUUGCUGAUGAUAUGCAAGAGUUCACCAAAUUCCCCACUAAGACCGGACGAAGAUCUCUGUCUCGCUCCAUCUCACAAUCCUCCACUGACAGCUACAGCUCAGCUGCAUCCUAUACAGAUAGCUCUGAUGAUGAAGUUUCCCCACGAGAGAAGCAGCAAACCAACUCCAAGGGCAGUAGCAAUUUUUGUGUGAAGAACAUCAAGCAGGCGGAAUUUGGACGCCGGGAGAUUGAAAUUGCAGAGCAAGACAUGUCUGCUCUGAUUUCACUCAGGAAACGUGCUCAGGGGGAGAAGCCCUUAGCUGGUGCUAAAAUAGUGGGGUGUACACACAUCACAGCUCAGACUGCGGUAUUGAUUGAGACACUCUGUGCCCUGGGUGCUCAGUGCCGCUGGUCCGCUUGCAACAUCUACUCCACCCAGAAUGAAGUGGCUGCAGCACUGGCUGAAGCUGGAGUUGCUGUGUUUGCUUGGAAGGGCGAGUCAGAAGAUGACUUCUGGUGGUGUAUCGACCGCUGUGUGAACAUGGAUGGGUGGCAGGCCAACAUGAUCCUGGAUGAUGGGGGAGACUUAACCCACUGGGUUUAUAAGAAGUAUCCAAACGUGUUUAAGAAGAUCCGAGGCAUUGUGGAAGAGAGCGUGACUGGUGUGCACAGGUUAUAUCAGCUCUCCAAAGCUGGAAAACUCUGUGUUCCAGCCAUGAACGUCAAUGAUUCUGUUACCAAACAGAAGUUUGAUAACUUGUAUUGCUGCCGAGAAUCCAUCUUAGAUGGCCUCAAGAGGACCACAGAUGUGAUGUUUGGUGGGAAACAAGUAGUCGUGUGUGGCUAUGGUGAGGUGGGAAAGGGCUGCUGUGCUGCUCUCAAGGCCCUCGGAGCCAUAGUCUACAUCACAGAAAUUGACCCCAUCUGUGCUCUGCAGGCCUGCAUGGAUGGGUUCAGAGUAGUAAAGCUAAAUGAAGUCAUCCGGCAAGUUGAUGUCGUGAUAACUUGCACAGGAAAUAAGAAUGUUGUGACACGAGAACACUUGGACCGCAUGAAAAACAGCUGUAUCGUGUGCAAUAUGGGCCACUCCAACACAGAAAUCGAUGUGACCAGCCUCCGCACACCAGAGCUGACGUGGGAGCGAGUCCGGUCUCAGGUGGACCAUGUCAUCUGGCCAGAUGGCAAACGCGUCGUCCUCCUGGCAGAGGGGCGUCUUCUCAAUCUGAGUUGCUCCACAGUCCCUACCUUUGUUCUGUCCAUCACAGCAACAACACAGGCAUUGGCACUGAUAGAGCUCUACAACGCCCCUGAGGGACGAUACAAACAAGAUGUGUACUUGCUUCCUAAGAAAAUGGAUGAGUACGUUGCCAGUUUGCACCUGCCAUCCUUUGAUGCCCACCUGACAGAGCUGACAGAUGACCAAGCAAAAUAUCUGGGACUCAACAAAAAUGGGCCGUUCAAACCCAAUUAUUACAGAUACUAAUGGGCCAUAUUAUCAAGGACCAGUCUACAGGAACCACACGAGUCUAAAAGAAAUAUUUUUUAAGAGAAUUUUUAUUUCCUUCUUAUUCCCGUCUUCCUUAUUUUAUUUUUUUCCUGUAAGUUCAUCCUUGUUUUUAUCAUCUCAUUGUCCAAGUUCUGCAGACCACACAGGAACUUGCUUCAUGGCUCUCUAGAUGAAACUGAGGUUCAAAAUUCCUCACCCUAGACUCUAAAGGAUUUUACUCCCCCAGCCCAGAAAGGUGAUUCUCUUUUUACCAUUUCUGGGAAUUUUAGUCUUAAUUGGUACCUUAUGAACAGGAAAUGCUGAGGUACUUGCUGUAUGGAACAAUCUGCAAUGUCUAAAUUGCCUUAAAAGAGCCCAUUUCUUAGCUGCUGAAAUCAGUGCUCUUUCGCUUCUCCAGAGGAGCAGGGGUGGUGUCUCACCAGCCAGGCAGGUUAGAUGUAGGUGGUGCAUGUUCAUUUCCCUUUGACGUUCCAAGCCCUGUUCCUGUGUAAAGGUGGUUUGUCUGGUGCAGAGAUGUGUACUAGUGAAUGUUGUUUGUUAAGAUCAGUAGGUCCACUCAGAUUUAGUAUGUAGCCCUUCCUCCACUCCCACCCAGCCCUCUCAUUUUUUAAGUUUUUAACCAGACUGCACUUUAUUAAGUUGACUUUUCCUCCCUAGCAUUU